GCUAUUGUCUUGCUAUAUAAUGGAGACCCUUUGGGAGACGUAUUUCAUCAACUGACUUUCGAUCCAAUCUGAAUUUGGAGUUCUAAUUAGAAACACAAAGAGGGGAGAGAGAUGGUUGGACCAGCAAGACCUCAGUUUGUUCUGUUUGGUUCGUCCAUAGUUCAAUUCAGUUUCAAGGAAGAAGGAUGGGGUGCUAUUCUUGCUGAAAUCUACUCUCGCAAGGCAGACAUAGUGGUGCGAGGUUACUCAGGCUGGAAUUCAAGGCGGGCCGUGCAGGUUCUGGAUCAAGUUUUCCCAAAGGAUGCCGCUGUACAACCAUCUUUAGUGAUUGUCUAUUUCGGCGGCAACGAUGCGCUCGAUCCUUACCCAGGUGGAUUCGGCCCUCAUGUACCGCUUCCUGAAUAUACUGAGAAUAUGAGGAGGAUUGGUUUGCAUCUCAAGAGCCUAUCAGAGAAGACUCGCGUCAUUUUUCUUAGUGUUCCUCCGGUCAAUGAGGAAAUGAUUGUUGAAUGUGACAAGAAACACGAGACUUGCCGUUUGUACUCAGAAGCUUGUUUAGGUGUAUGUAGAGAGUUAGGCCUAAAGGGAGUUGAUCUUUGGAAUGCUAUACAGCAAAAACCAGAUUGGAUGACUACCUGCUUUCUGGAUGGAACUCAUUUCACAAAGGAGGGGAGCAAGAUGGUGGCUAAAGAGAUACUGAAGGUUUUGAGAGAGGCAGAGUGGGAACCAAGCCUACAUUGGAAGGAAUUGCCUACCGAAUUUGAUGAAGAUUCACCCUAUUAUCCAGUCAGACCUGUAAAUACCUCCAACACCUAUUUCGACAACACAUACACGGAAUGGGAACUGAGUCCUUCCUUUUGAAUUAAUCAAUUCUGUAUUUGUAUGCAGUAGAGUGCAACUCCUAGCUCCAUUAGUACUGAGUGCUGCUUUUUUUUAAUGUCUGUGACCAUUUUGAUAUUUGCCGCAAAUAAAGGCUGGCAGAUCAUUGAAGCUAGCUUUAUAUUCAUGAUGUUUGUUACUUUGUUUUA